UGGAGGCGCGAGUUCUCUCUCUCACUCUUCAGAAUUCAGGGGCGUUUUGCAAAGUUUCAGCUCGGCGGAAAACAUGUCUUUUAAAACGAUCAAGAAGUGAUUCUGCAAAUAAACGGUAGAAAAAGUCUUCUGUCUGGAGAAGUCUUUAUGCACUUCUCUCCAUCAUCUCUUCAUUCAAAUGAACCAGUGAAGCACGCGAGGAUGCGCGCGGCACUUCAGAUCCUUUGUGCUUUGACUGUCUUGGUAUCGUGCUGUCAUGGCGCGAGAGUUGUGAGUGGUCAGACAGUGUGUCAGGGCAGUCCUGAGCAUCCUUGCUAUAAGAUUGCCUACUUCAGGGACGUGACGAGUCGUGUUGCGUUCUGGGAGGCUCUACAGGCGUGUGAAAUGGAUGGAGGUUCAUUGCUGAGCAUUGAGAAUUCUUCAGAGCAGAGGCACAUCGAACACCUCCUGAAGGAACUCAGUGUUUCCUCCUCCACUGGUACAGCCAGUGGGCCGAGCAUCACAGACGGAGAUUUCUGGAUCGGCCUGACUCGAGCAGAGAAUGAGAACACACAGGAGUCUGGCAAUUAUGACUCCUGUCCCAACCUGUACAGAUGGACUGAUGGAAGUGUCUCGCAGUUUAGAAACUGGUAUGCUGAUGAACCAUCCUGUGGAGGAGAAUCUUGUGUGGUGAUGUAUCAUCAGCCUACUGCUGUCGACGGGCCUGGUGGGCCAUAUCUCUAUCAAUGGAAUGAUGACAGGUGCAAUAUGAAGCACAAUUUCAUCUGCAAGUAUGAACCAGAGAGCUACCUGGUUAAAGAGCAGGGAGACAGACCUGUAGGGCGUGAUGCUGAUUUUUCCACAGAAGAACAAGAGGAAAGAACACCUCCCAUCAACGAGGACGAAAGCCCCCAACUUAUAAUUCCAGGGCCUUCAAGUAUGCUGCUAAUCUAUGUAAUUAUUCCAACCAUCCCGCUCCUUUUGCUGAUCCUGGUGGCUUCAGGGACGUGCUGUUUCCAGAUGUUGAGCAAGAGCAAACCACGGACCAAAACGAGCAUUAACCAAUCAACUCUCUGGAUCUCUAAGACGCCAAAGUUAGACAGCAGCAUGGAGGUUUAAAGAUCCACAAGCAGCUUUCUGGAUUUUUCAACUAUGCUGCUUAAUCCGCAAGAUACUUGUCUGGUUGGUAGUUGUGUGUGAGAUUUAAUAAUACAAGUUCAAAUGUGCAAUGUAGUUACACUUGUAUCACUUUUCUGUGCAAAUGUUAUGCUUACAGCUAGUCCUCAGCCUCUCACAAAUGUCUCUGUAUUAUAUUACCUUUCAUUUACCAAGAACUGUUCUGAGUUUCCAAUUCGCUCUCAUGAAUGUCUUCUCCAUUUCAUGUUUCCUGUCAGAUAGUCUGACCCGAGGGUGCUGAGAAGUGCUUAGGGAGGAUAAAUACUAAUUGGCACCAAGCACAGUGAGCUAUUAAUUUACUGUAAUUAAGACAAAUACAAGUGGGAACCACAUAAAAAGAGGAAUUAAGAGUUCCCACUGACGGCGAAUAGAUUCACACAAACUGAAGCAAGUGACACAGUAAAGAAAUUAAUCACUAAAAGAGCAUGAAAAAAUAAAACAUGAAAUAGCAUAAGACAGCUUCAAAAGGUUAAUGAAGUAUUAGAAAAAGGAAACUUUAUUGCUAACUACUUCAGAAGGGAGAGGCUUAUUUUAAACUUUCAUCAAACAUUUCUCCUCUUACAGUAUGAUGCACAUGCAAUGUUGCCACAAUAUAAUGUAAAGUUACAUACAAUUGUCAAUCUAAAACCCUAAAUUAAUGAUAAACUUGAUCAUUCUUUAAAUUAUGGAAGGAUUGGCUUAUAUAGUUACCGUUAUGUAGCUUUAAAGCUUAUGGGGAUGUUGUAAUCAAAACUAAUAUGAAGAUUAAGGAAAUAGAGUUGUACAUAAUUUUUGUAAAAUGCAAUGGCAAAGCUGUUAUAAAACUGUUAUAUAUGCAGUUUUUGCAUGUGAAUAUUUCAUCACUUCGACCUUUUACAGUAUUGCAUAUAGAAAAUAAGCAGUUACUUGUGCUUUCACAGCUAAAACAGGAAAAUGAUGGUUUGCAACAUAGUAAUAAGUGUGUCAUUUACUGCAAGUAGUCAGUUAGAAGUCUGUUUGUAGAGGAAGAUAAUAUUCUGUCUUCUGUCUCUGUGAGUGUGGGUCUAUACUGUGUUUGUAUUUGAAAUGUGCUAUUAAUACUUUUUUAUAUUUUUGAGACAGGCAAAUUCGACAAGUGUAAAUGGAUUAAACGUAUAUAAUUCUGAAGAUGUUUUAGUAAGUUUUUAUGGCUCUAAAAUGGUUACAUUUCUUUGUUUGUAGUCUCCCUGCA